ACUGUUGUACCCAACCCUAUACUAAAUACACUUUUCUCAGUCCACUCUCUCUACAAAAAUUGUCACUCUCUCCCCUCUUUUUCUCAGUCCACUCUCUCUCUCUAAAUUCCACUUUAGGGUUUUCUCAGUGCUUGAUUCUUGGUUCCUCCGUUGUCAGAGCCUAAGGAUUUUGAAAUGGCUGAAGAAGAUAAGAAUGGAGCAGCAGAGGGUCUGCCACCUCCUCCCCCUGUUCCACCUGAUUUCACUCCUGCAAAAUCAGAACCCGAGCCGGUGAAGAAAAAAGCGGCUCUACGUCUUCCCAUGGCCAGACGUGGCCUUGGAAACAAGGGACAAAAGAUUCAAAUUCUUACUAAUCACUUUAAAGUGAAUGUGACUAAUGUGGAUGGACACUUCUAUCACUACAGUGUUGCCCUAUUUUAUGAAGAUGGGCGGCCAGUAGAUGGGAAGGGAGUUGGCAGAAAGGUCCUAGAUAGAGUGCAUGAAACAUAUGAUACGGAAUUAGCUGGAAAGGAUUUUGCUUAUGACGGGGAGAAAAGCUUGUUUACCAUUGGAGCACUCCCUCGAAAUAAAAUGGAGUUCACUGUUGUUCUUGAAGACGUCACAUCAAAUAGGAACAAUGGCAAUAGCAGCCCUGCUGCAGAUGAAGGUCCCAAUGAAAGUGACAGGAAAAGGUUACGUCGUCCUUACCAAUCAAAAUCUUUUAAGGUGGAGAUAAGCUUUGCUGCGAAAAUUCCGAUGCAGGCAAUUGCAAAUGCUUUGCGGGGUCAAGAGUCGGAGAACUCUCAAGAAGCCUUGAGAGUGUUGGAUAUAAUUUUAAGGCAGCAUGCUGCUAAGCAGGGCUGUCUACUUGUUCGUCAGUCCUUUUUCCACAAUGACCCGAAGAACUUUGUUGAUGUUGGCGGUGGUGUUCUUGGUUGUCGAGGAUUCCAUUCUAGCUUUAGGACCACUCAGAGUGGCUUGUCUUUGAACAUCGAUGUGUCUACCACAAUGAUUAUCCAGCCUGGGCCUGUGGUGGACUUUUUGAUAGCAAAUCAAAAUGCAAAAGAUCCCUUUACGCUGGAUUGGGCAAAGGCAAAACGUAUGCUCAAGAAUUUGAGGGUGAAGACUAGUCCAACUAAUCAAGAGUACAAGAUUACUGGACUGAGUGAGAGAUCCUGUAAGGAGCAAACGUUUACCCUGAAGCAGAAAGGUAAAGAUGGGGAAGGUGAUGAAAUUACUGUUUAUGAUUACUUUGUCAAUCACCGAAACAUAGACUUGCGCUAUUCUGCGGAUUUGCCUUGCAUCAAUGUUGGGAAACCCAAACGUCCCACCUAUUUCCCUAUCGAGCUCUGCAAUUUGGUGUCGUUGCAAAGGUAUACAAAAUCUCUGUCCACAUUCCAGAGAUCUUCAUUAGUGGAGAAAUCUAGGCAAAAGCCUCAGGAGAGGAUGCAAGUCCUAAGCAAUGCCCUCAAAAUCAACAAAUAUGAUGCCGAGCCUCUGCUUCGUGCCUGUGGAAUUUCAAUCAGCAGUAACUUCACCCAGGUUGAAGGCCGUGUUCUUUCUCCCCCAAAGUUGAAGACAGGUGGUGAUGACUUUGUUCCACGUAAUGGCAGGUGGAAUUUCAAUAACAAGAGACUGGUUGAUCCGACAAAGAUAGAGCGCUGGGCUGUUGUCAACUUUUCUGCACGUUGUAACAUACAAGGGCUAAUCAGUGAUCUUAUCAAAUGUGGAAAAAUGAAAGGAAUUAUGGUGGAAGAUCCAUUUGAUGUUUUUGAAGAGUCUCCUCAAUUCAGAAGGGCUCCGCCGCUUGUCAGAGUGGAAAAAAUGUUUGAAGAAGUCCAGUCAAGACUUCCCGGGGCACCGAAAUUUCUGCUUUGUUUGCUUCCUGAGAGGAAAAACUGUGACAUUUAUGGACCAUGGAAGCGGAAGAAUUUGGCUGAAUUCGGCAUUGUUACCCAAUGCAUAGCUCCAACGAGAGUCAAUGACCAGUAUAUCACCAAUGUGCUUCUGAAGAUAAAUGCAAAGCUUGGUGGUUUGAAUUCUAUGUUAACUGUUGAACAUGCUCCUGCAAUCCCUAUGGUAUCUAAGGUUCCCACCAUAAUUCUUGGGAUGGAUGUGUCACAUGGCUCUCCUGGCCAAUCUGAUGUGCCAUCCAUUGCUGCGGUUGUCAGCUCAAGGCAGUGGCCCUCGAUAUCUCGUUACAGAGCUUCAGUGCGCACUCAGUCUCCUAAAGUGGAGAUGAUAGACAACUUGUUUAAACGUGCUUCUGACACUGAGGAUGAGGGGAUAAUGAGGGAGGCUUUGCUAGAUUUUUAUGUGAGUUCUGGAAAAAGGAAGCCUGAGCAUAUUAUUAUAUUCAGGGAUGGUGUCAGUGAAUCUCAAUUUAAUCAAGUUCUGAACAUUGAACUGGAUCAGAUCAUUGAGGCGUGUAAGUUUCUCGACGAGAAGUGGUCACCCAAGUUUACUGUGAUAAUUGCACAGAAGAAUCAUCAUACCAAGUUUUUCCAGCCUGGAGAUCCUAACAAUGUUCCUCCAGGCACGAUUAUCGACAAUAAAGUUUGUCACCCAAGAAAUUAUGAUUUCUACUUGUGCGCCCAUGCUGGAAUGAUUGGUACCACUCGUCCUACACACUACCAUGUCUUGUAUGAUGAAAUUGGUUUCUCGCCUGAUGAUCUUCAAGAGCUUGUUCAUAAUCUAUCUUAUGUCUACCAAAGGAGCACAACUGCAAUAUCUGUUGUUGCUCCCAUCUGUUAUGCUCAUCUGGCUGCCACUCAGAUGGGACAAUGGAUGAAGUUUGAAGAUACAUCAGAGACGUCCUCAAGCCGUGGGGGAGUUACAAAUGCUGGUCCAGUUACCGUUCCCCAGCUCCCUAAGCUCGAGGAAAAAGUUUCCAGUUCCAUGUUCUUUUGUUGAGGCUUUGUACUAGCCUCCUGCUUGCUUUUACCAUCUGUGGUUAAUGGAUGUUUGGUUGUUUGUGAAUAGUUUCGGUUUAAAACUCCAAGUGGUAUUUGAACAAUUUAGGUGAUGUUACUCUGCCGUGUUUUGGUCUUGGUGUAGGACCAUGUUGAAAUCUCCAUGACAUCUUUUGGCUUUAGGGUACUUGCUACUUAAGCUAUUUUGGAUGAUGCACCUCUGUUUGGGUGUUUAGCUGGCAAUGACCAUGUUUGGACAUAGUUUGUGUUUAUGAUAAUUUCUGGGAUCUUGUUAAGCUGAAAAUUAUGUACUUGUUUCUUUAUGA